AUGAUGCUCCUGCUUAUCCUGACAACGAAGCUCCUGGGAUUUGGCGGCGACUGGCUGCCGAAACUAAACAUCAGCCGUCCAUCAGGCAACCCAGCUACCGAGCUUCCAAGCCGCGACCAUCUACGAACGGACGUGGAAUACAAUGAAUACAAUGAAGAUGACAGCUGGGACCAGUUAUUAGAAUCAUAUGGGGAGAUAGGGGAAUCAGUGCCGCAACAACAUGUCGCAACGCCGGCCAAACAGCAAUCCUCUGGAUCCUCAGGAAGCGCCCACCAGCACCAUCUCAACGGUCUGCCUGUACGACACCCCUCUGGACCUCUCCCGGGUAUGCCCUUUCUCAGCGAGCUCGUUAGCCGGUACCCUGUACGACAAGCACCCGCCACCGGGCCCCAAAUUUCGCUGGUUUCGGGGCAAUUGUACAUCAGCAACCGACUUCGUGAAGCCAUGUCGGUGCGGAAAGCGACAUCCGCGACGACGACGACGACGACGCCGGAGGCGACGUCGUACUCUGUGACGUCAUCAGCACCUGUUGCCGCUACUGCUGCUGCUAACGCCGCCGGCGGCGGCGGUGGUUUUCCCACGCGGGAUAUGUUCGUACCCACGUACGCAGAUCUGCCGUUCUCUCCCGGCGGCUACAUGCAGCAGCGUCGUGCGGAGAGGGAGCAGCGCGCGUUAUGCACGGCGGGGCAACACCAGCACCAGCACCAGCAACGCAACAAGCUGCAGCAGCAGCAGCAGCAGCAGCAGCGCUCGACCAGCAGCCGACCCACCACAGGGCUCGUCCCGGACUCGGCAAUCCAACCCCGUUUAGCAAAAUCGCCGCCCACGGGUCGGUCACCAUCUGCAACAAUUGCCAGCGGGCGAAACGGCGGCGGCGGCGGCUGUACGGCGGGCAGUGCACGGCAGCGUGAAGUACGGGAGGGCGUGGAGCGCUGGCUCGAAGCGAGUGAAAGCAGCGGCUUCGAUCCCGAAGAUGCCAACGGCAGCGGAGGCGGCGGUGACGGCCGUGUGCUGACGCGGCAUGACCUGUCGGGUGAUCCGAGCUUGAUAUACCGCAAGUACGGCAUCUUUAGGACGUACGGCAAACAGUCGCAGGUUCUUUGGCCAUCGAUGUCGAUGCCAGUGACUGCGUCGCGAAGCGGUCUCCGGGUGGCUUUUGAACGUAAACGGACGAGCUCCGGAACCAGUGGCGGUGUUGGUGGGGCAUCACCCAAGCGACCUUCCUCGCAGCCGGUGCCUUGGGCUCCGCUGCGUCAGAGUGCCUGGUGA